AUGUCUGUGACUUCACAAGCGAAUGGGCGCGACAUCCCUGGGUUCGGUCGAAAAGGGCGGGUCUGGGGGACGUCUGGAGGAGUCGGAUUGUCUCUUGCCACCGAUGAGCGGUCCAAACCGCCACCAUUUUGGGCGCCUCCUCUUCCCGGAAUGCGUUCCUCCUCCGGAACAAGCGUUAACACGUCGAUCUCUCCAACAUCCACGACGACGCCCGCCGGUACUCGCCCGCUGAACUAUGUGCGUAAAGCUCUCGGAAGGCAGUCCUCCGGGGAACAGGAGCCUACGAAGCCCUACGUAAAGCAGAGGUACACCACGCAAAGCACGCCCAGUUCGCCAGCUCUCCAGCAACCUCCCCAUUGGUACCCGUCACCCGUGCAGGGGCGCGGUGCGGCUUCCUUCAUUCCUCCUGGGAAGCAUCAUGAUGCCGCACACCUCGAUGCGCGGGCGGCGGAGUUCGUCCCUGGACGAGGUGCUACUGCUCCUGCCCCAGCCGCGGCGCUCCUUCCAGUGAACGAUAUCGACCUGAACGAAUGCGCCAGAACUGAACCUGGGACAGCCAUGUCUUCGUCGCGCGUCUCGGUGCGUGGCUCGCGCUCCCCGUCGCUCUCGCCUUCGACGGACGAGGGCAAGAGCGCGGAGAGAGAAAGGGAGGAGGCCGAGAGGCAGUGGCACCUGCAGGCGGUGCCAGGAGACGAGGACAAUGGGUGGGGGGUCUCACAACCGACUGCGAUGCACAACUCGGAGAGCUUGGGCGACGCUGGCGAGAGUGUUGAAGCGAAGCCACCAGGGGCCGACGCCACGUCCGUUGAACGACCUGCGCUUUGUUCCGAACAGAGCCCGCAGCCGUCAUGUUCGCUCUUGUCGCCCUCUGCAACCACGCCUCAGGAUGUGGUGGUAGGAGCUGCACCGCCGGGGUUCGGUGUAUUGAUCCAUCGCGCACGAAUGAUAAGGGACGACGAUCGCGUGCCAUAUCCCAAGGACGUCAUCCCUCCCAACGUCCGGCCGGCAAAUACCCGCUAUGCUCGAGAGUUCCUCCUGCAAUUUGAAAAGGUGUGCACCGGCAAGCCGCCUACCAUACCUACAAUCGAUCCCUUCUGGCAUCUCAUCCUAGUACGGCACGAACAACACGUACAACGUCAAGAGCGCGUUCCUCGUGCCCGCACGGUGCACGUAGGUGUUCAAACGGAGGAGAUCGGUACUCACUGCAAAGACGCGGACUCCCGCGAUCCGGAGGAUACUAGCGGCGCGGUUGGUUGCGACCCCGAUGUCGCUAGCCAAGCAGGCACCAACAGCGACGCGACGACACAGACUGCGGACGCAGCCCGUGAUCUUCCCGUGAAGAAUGCUGUCCGAUCUGUAGACGGUGACGUCUUUGGCAAGCCAGCCUAUCGUGUAACACCACGCAUGGAUGAACUCGACCCUUUCGACUACGAGAUGCAGGAUGCAAGGCGCGAGCUACUGGAAGCACAAGUCGCACGUCUGGAGGCGGAGAUGAAGAUUAUGCACCUUGAGCUUUGCAGACUUCGUCGCGCUGUCGGAAUAUCGUGA